CAUUGAUUUCACUGAUUAGAUCGGCAAAGCAGAGCGUCAUCACACAAGCCUUCUUUGCAAAACUUUAAAGCCUUUGAAAAAAUCAAGCCAUCAUCACAUCGAUUAAAAAUUUAAAUAAUUUAAUAAUUUAUUAAAAAAAAAAAAUGUCCUUGCUCAACACCCAAAAAGUCCUCGCUCAAGCUAUCAGCUGUAUGGCUUGGAAUGGUGAUAAAUCAAGAGUUGCUGUCUCGCCAGGAAACAGUGAAAUUCACAUCUAUAAGACUAAUGGUAGUGAAGAUUUCGAAAAGUGGGAAAGAGAACAUACAUUGACUGAUCAUGACCACUAUGUAACUGGUAUUGAUUGGGCACCAAAAUCUAACAAGAUUUUAUCUUGUGCUCAAGAUCGUAAUGCCUACGUAUGGGAAUAUAAUGAAAAGGAAAAGAAAUGGAAUCCAACACUUGUUUUACUUCGUCUUACUAAAGCAGCUACUUGUUGUAAGUGGUCUCCAAACGAAGAAAAGUUUGCUGUUGGUAGUGCUUCCAAGAUGAUUGCUGUUUGUUUCUAUGAAGCUGAAAACAAGUGGUACAUUUCAAAGAUGAUUAAGAAACACAAAUCAACCAUCAAAUCUGUUGCUUGGCAUCCAACUAUUAACACAUUAGCUACUGGUAGUAGUGACAUGAAAGCUCGUACUUUUAAUACAUACCUCAAGGAAGUGGACGGUAAGAGAAGUGCCGAUAACAAGUUAAAGUUUGGUGAUGUCUUUGUUGAAUAUACAUCAAAGGGAUGGGUUCACUCUGUUCAAUUCUCACCAAAUGGUAAAUGGUUAGCUUUCAUUGGACACGAUUCUACUGUUCAAUUUGUUGAUUAUGCUUCACAAGAUCAAUCUGUUGCUGAUGCUCAACCAAUUGAAUCUCAAGUUGUUCGUCAUGAAAAGUUACCAUUCUAUUGUGGUUUGUUCCUUUCCGACAAGGUCUUUGUUGCUGCUGGUUAUGAUUUUGCUCCAUAUGCUUUUGCUUUGGAAGGAAACAAGUGGGUUUUGAAGGGAUCUUGUGAUGAAAUGAAGAAGACUGGUGCGGCUCAAGGUGUUGGUGUCAGAAGUGCUUUCUUAAAAUUCCAAGCUACUUCAACUGUUGGUUCUCAAAAUGCUGAAAAGAGCGAUGCUCCACAAACUCGUCACCACAAUGUUAUUAACUGUAUUGAAGCUUUCAAGGUUGAAGGUGGUAAGGUUAGCAAGUUUGUUACCGCUGGUUUGGACGGCAAAGUUUUGUUCUGGAAUGUUGCUGACAUUCAAAAGAAUCUUGGAUUCACUCUUUAAUUUAAUUUCCCAAUCUCCAUCUUGUACAAUUGUAAAAGAUAAUCUAUCUUCCCUCCUAUUAAUAAAUUAUUAGUCCUGUAUUAUUUAAAGCCAA